AUAUAAGUUCUCGUAACGGAAAAUUCGACGUUAUUAACCGUUUGGCAACCCUCUUAACCGGUACGCUGAACGUCGACUGACAUUAAUUUAUUAAUUUAUUUCUACGCUAGUUCAAGAAAACUACUUCAAAAUGCGUGAGUGCAUCUCAGUACACGUUGGCCAAGCCGGUGUUCAAAUCGGUAAUGCCUGCUGGGAGCUCUAUUGCCUGGAGCACGGCAUCCAGCCUGAUGGUCAGAUGCCCACUGACAAGACAAUUGGCGGUGGAGAUGACUCGUUCAACACCUUCUUCAGCGAGACCGGCGCCGGCAAGCACGUGCCCCGUGCCGUGUUUGUCGACUUGGAACCUACUGUAGUAGACGAGGUUCGCACAGGCACUUAUAGGCAGUUGUUUCAUCCAGAACAGCUUAUCACUGGUAAGGAAGACGCUGCCAAUAACUAUGCCCGUGGACAUUACACAAUCGGCAAGGAAAUUGUUGACCUAGUCCUCGACCGCAUCCGAAAGCUCGCUGACCAGUGCACCGGGCUCCAGGGCUUCCUAAUCUUCCACUCCUUCGGAGGUGGUACCGGUUCCGGUUUCACCUCCCUGCUCAUGGAGCGUCUCUCAGUGGACUACGGAAAGAAGUCCAAGCUUGAGUUCGCUAUCUACCCGGCCCCGCAGGUCUCUACCGCUGUCGUCGAACCGUACAACUCCAUCCUCACCACCCACACCACCUUGGAGCACUCCGACUGCGCGUUCAUGGUCGACAAUGAGGCCAUCUACGACAUCUGCAGACGCAACCUCGACAUUGAACGCCCAACCUACACCAACUUGAACAGACUGAUUGGCCAAAUCGUAUCCUCGAUCACCGCCUCCCUGCGUUUCGACGGCGCACUCAACGUCGAUCUAACAGAGUUCCAGACCAACUUGGUGCCCUACCCCCGUAUCCACUUCCCCUUGGUGACCUACGCGCCCGUCAUCUCCGCCGAGAAGGCGUACCAUGAACAACUCUCCGUCGCCGAGAUCACUAACGCUUGCUUCGAGCCCGCCAACCAGAUGGUGAAAUGCGACCCGCGUCACGGCAAAUACAUGGCCUGCUGCAUGUUGUACCGUGGAGACGUCGUGCCCAAGGACGUUAACGCCGCCAUCGCCACCAUCAAGACCAAGCGUACCAUCCAGUUCGUGGACUGGUGUCCCACCGGUUUCAAGGUCGGCAUCAACUACCAGCCCCCAACCGUGGUGCCCGGCGGCGAUCUCGCCAAGGUGCAGCGCGCCGUGUGCAUGUUGUCCAACACCACGGCCAUCGCCGAGGCCUGGGCUCGUCUUGACCACAAGUUCGAUCUGAUGUACGCCAAGCGCGCCUUCGUGCACUGGUACGUCGGUGAGGGUAUGGAGGAGGGUGAGUUCUCAGAGGCUCGCGAGGACUUGGCCGCCCUCGAGAAGGACUACGAAGAAGUCGGCAUGGACUCCGCUGAGGGUGAAGGCGAGGGUGCUGAAGAAUAUUAAGUUAAAAGUUCAAAGCAUUCCGCACUCAAUUCAAUGAGAAAUAAAUACUAAAUGUGAUGUA